AUGCGCACUCGAGCUACCGGUCUUAGCCCUGGCGGAUUUCGGGUACUGACCUCACCCAAGCGUGUCAAGAAACAGUCAUCUUCCAUACAGAAGCCCCGAUCUCAGUCCAAGACUUCUGAUAAACCAAAUGGGGAAAGCCCACAAGUAGGAGAGCAGAAGCAAUCCGUGCUUGAACGUGAAAAUUCCCACGCCGACGGCAGUCCGCCAGUCCCCAAAACCAACGGAACCACUCUCAUUAACAAAAACUUCCCCGAGCUUCAAUCUUUGAAACAAACGCGUAUCGUAUACUCACCUGUCAAAAAUGCCACCAAUGAAGCUAAACACACUAAUGCCGAGAGUCGAUCGGGAAGUACGACAAAAAGUAAAACAAAUCAUCUAAAGCCAAAAUUUUCGCAACGUAGCUCUAAGGAAUCUACAACUGGAGAAAAAUUCAAUGCUCAGAUCAUCUUAAAUAGCGGGACCAAGAUGACCAGCCUCCAUCAAGUAGAAUCUGUGCUUGGGAAGCGAUAUCGCAACGACUCAUUAUCCGCCUAUACAUCCUCAUCAAACUUCAAUGAGAACCCAAACCCAAAGCGUAUUCGUAUCCACAAUAAACUAUCGAGAAAAAGCGAACCCGGUCAAUUAGAGAAAUCAAACAUAACUCCUAAUAACAGCUCAAGCACUACCCAGGAUCGUGCCACAACAAGAGUCCAGAGGAGAUACCCAAUGAACUCUAGUCACGAGCAUCAUCUUAGCAACCGAAAAACAGUUUACAUUGAUCCUAAGGAGUCAUUACAAGAGUUUAAGGUAAAAUCUUUUACUACCUCGCGACGCAUGUCCUGCGAGACUCACCAUAAGCAAGCUUCUUUCAGUUUUUUCCCGGAAGAUUCAAGCGAUGUGGAAUCGCAUCUAAAGAAGGGUAUGCAAUCUAUUAUGUCACGGAUGAACAAGUAUCAUUAUAAACCUUUGCCAAAAAAUAUGAAUAACGAUACAAGUCAAGAUAAUUCUGUCAGUAGAAAUAAGGCAAUCUCAUCUAACAAUAAAAAUCAACAAGAUGACUUAUACCAAUUAACCAAAAGCCAAGAAUCACCCAUAGAACCAGAUAAAACUAAACAAUUAAACCCCUCAGAAGAUGAGCAAGCGGAGGAAACGAGCAAGGCAUUAGUUUUGCAUAAAACUAUAGAUAAUAAUCAAAGCAUCAUAGUACCAAAUAAUAAUGGAAUGAUCACGGGCACGGGUGUGACGGAAAACUUAAGAGAAAAACGAAUGGAAGUUGAAAUGCUGUUCCGUUCAGCUUCGCCGAAUACAUCAUACAAGAGUACGACAAAGCCUGCUCCUAUUCCUUAUCAAGCUCAAGACACUAGUAUGCGAGUGCGGUCUAAUUCUUUCUCUGGAGCACAUGAAAAAACACUUCCAAUCGUUCCAUCAUUCACUUCUCAAGUCAUUCCAACUCCAUGCAUUUACUUCACUGAGACAGCAACUCAAAAAAGCCUUAGACUUACAAAUUCUGCUAUCAUAGAUAUUCUACGCGCCGUUGCUGAAUGGGCACUGCGUAACCCUUCGGAUCUUCCAACUAGCGAUGAGAUAAAAGCACUGCUUUCAUCGACUAUUGAAUCACCAACUUCAAAAGUCCUUCCUCUAUCGAAGGUGUCGGUGGCGACCCCAAUUGUCAACUCAUCCUUCCAACUGAAGAGAGUCAAACCACUUAAGAAUACUCCAACAACUGUCAAGAGACGAGCUGUAGAAAACCACAAAGCUGCUGGAACCCCAUCUAACAACAUAUCACUUGCAACAGACUUCAAAUGUGAGUCAACCAUGGAUAAAAAGCAUGUCAAGUUCUCUUCUCAACCAGAAAACCAAAGAAUCAUAACAAACCUAACCACCUCCGAAGCUCAUAUUGCAGAGAACUCAACAUCACCAUCUCGACUUGAAACGCCACAUACCCUCAAUCAAAAAGCCUCAAACCCACCACUUAAUAGUGGAUGGAGGAUUAUGAGUACUUUAAAAAAUAUAGUCGCAUCACCAUUAAAAUCGCUUGGGUUCGGUUUCGCUCAAGACCAGGAAUCCGCACAAAGUGUAGCCAAGGAGAUAAGUUUUGACUUCAUACCACCCGUAACUCCAACGCCACGCGAAAAGCGCCAGACGAAAAUUGAUAGAGCUGUAACCGAACGCAGAUCUAGACGUAGAAAAAACACUCAAUCUUCCACAAAUCGGAAACAUAACGAACCGCUAACAGAUAGACCCCUUCGUCAUAUAAAUGCAAGCACUCAAUCUUCUGCUCGACGUGUUGUCACCGAAAAGCGGAGACUCGACUUAAGCCGGGAGCAGGCCAUCAGGAAAUCUUUUGCUCGCGAAAGAGAGUCACAAAAUGAUACAGAUCAUCCUCACAAAGAGUCAACAAAGCCCGUCGACACUUCAGCAUAUUUCCCCAAAGACUUAGCCGCUAAUAAGAACUCGUCCACUGAUCUCACUCUUACCGCUAGUGAUACCAUGGAGGAGUGGCCUCCCAAUUUAAACCCAAACAGAGUAGCAACAGAUAUUUCCCUGGCAGCUGAUAACUUACCUCGCGGUCCUAAUGGCGAAGACGUUGCGACAAUGUUAUGUAAAGGCUGGUUGAUUAGCCCGCAUCGCGAUAGCUAUGUGAGACACGUCAAAGAGAAAAAAGCAGUGUCAUUUCUAUCUUCACGGAAAACAAUUUUUGGUGUGACCACCCAACCUAACCCUCCAGAAGAUCGAUCCCACUCAACAGACGAAGUCAAAACAUCAAGAAUAAUGGAUAAUUCACUAAUUCCAGUGGAUUCAACGGGAAGCCAGCCAGGACGUAGUUACGGGUUUAAUUACGAUGACGAAAGUAGCAGCGAUGAUGGGGACCUUGGAUAUGAAGCUGAAGAAGAAAACUCUGUCACAUUAAAAUCUAGCUCAAUACAGAUGACAGACAAACAUUUUGGAUCGUCUCAAUAUGAUAAAAGCUCAACAAGAAACGAGGCAAACAUCAAUCUUUCAAGCAGUGCAAGUAAUAAAUUUUAUUCAAACGAUGCCCGAAAACCGCCGCCAUUUAUUGGUGUGCCCUACACUCCCCGUAUACCUUCAUCUUUACGAAACGUCGAAGCUCUUUCGCCUAAUGUAUCGAGUCUAUCGACCCCAUCAACUACUAACUCUCCAUUAGCGAUGGUCAAGGGCGAUGAUUCUACCUUAUCUAAUAAUAUUGGUUGUGAUUGGUCAUCGAUGUAUGAGGUUGAUCCUCUCAUGGCACACUUUGAUCUACAAACAAUAAAAUCGGUGGAGGAUCUUCCCAAAGACAGUUUUCCGCCCAUACAGCUUCCGCCACUGAAUAAUCAAGCAGAACAGGCCUACCUUGAAUCAUCUUAA